AUGGCUCAGCAAGUACCUCUCGCUGAAGGAGUUGAUAAUGAGGUCGAGUUCUGCACAUUGGGCAUGUUUAUCCUCGAUGAGAUUGAAUUCGGCGGAUCCAGACCUGAUGUGAAGAAUGUCAUCGGCGGUGCAGCUUCUUAUGCCGUAAUCGGCGCCCGUCUCGUCGCUGGCAAGGAGCAUUCGAACUCCGUGAGCUGGAUUGUGGAUGUUGGCUCAGAUUUCCCUGCAGAGGUUCUGGAUGUCAUCAAGACAUGGGAUACUGGCUGUGUCAUACGGGAAGAUCCUGGAAGAUUGACCACCAGGGCCUGGAAUGGGUAUGGAGUGAAUGAGAAGCGAGAUUUUAAAUAUCUAACCCCCAAACUGCGGCUUGAGCCUUCAAUGCUCUCUGACUCCCAGGUCAUUUCGAAGACAUUCCACAUGGUGUGUUCUUCAUCCCGCUGCAUUAGCAUUGUGGAAGAUAUAAUGCGCAGACGAGAUGAAUUGCAACAAGCGGGCAAGGUUCGUUCCGCCGCCGAUGCUACGACCAGACCAAUCUUUGUGUGGGAACCUGUACCAGAUCUGUGUACACCAGAGGAAAAGGAGAAAUUCUUUGAAGCAGCUCGAGUGGUCGAUGUGGUUAGUCCUAACGAGUUAGAGCUGGGUAUGAUGUUCGGCCAGCCCGGAUGGAGCGAGGACAAUGAUGCCGGCCGGGAUGUGGUGGCAACCAUCCUGCAAUCGGGUAUCGGACCUAAAGGGGAAGGGCAUCUGGUCAUCCGAGCAGGGAAAGACGGCAGUUAUACGUUUUCAAGGAAGCAGAGGAUCUGGUUCCCGGCCUACCAUCAACCUAGUAUUUCGGAAGCUACAGCUGUUGUCGAUCCUACGGGAGCCGGAAACUCUUUUCUCGGAGCCUUAGCUCAGGGUCUGAUCAGUGCAGGGAGAGAUCCCGGCAUUGUCAUUGACUCGGUCUUUUCCGAAUGCGAGGCCUGGCAGAGUGCCACGAGGAAAUCGGGGAUGCAUGACAAUAUGCCAAUGGCCUUGAUUUGCGCCACUGUCGCCGCAGGCUAUGUGGUGGAACAGAUCGGGGUACCCCGAAUGACAAGGUCAAGCGAUGGACGGGAACUCUGGAACGGAACUGAAUUUACGGAACGAGUCCGUCUGUACACGCAGAAAUUGUAUCGAACACUCGAAGAGUCUCCCCGAAAACACUUUCGGAACACUUGA